AUGCUAAAACAAAAGGCAUCUCCACGCGCCACCACCCCGGAGAGACUGGCGGGAACAGAGGUCGAGAUAUGCGCCUUGGAGGAAGAAUACGAAUGUGCAUGCCGCAUGCUAGAUACAAAUCAGAAACCAUGGGUCGUCGUGAGUUUUCUGCCGCCCGGUCGGUAUGGUACAGAGUCUGCCUCGCGCGUUGCGAGUGAUAUGGUGAGGACGUUUCCACACCUGCGGUUCGCGUUGAUGGUAGGCUUUGGAGGCGGGGCUCCGACGUCGGAGACGGAUAUCCGGCUGGGCGAUGUGGUGGUUGGCACGCCGCGAGGAGCACUCGGGGGUGUCAUUCAGUAUGAUCUGGAGAAUCGCCUGCCAGGCGGUCGGUUCAAGAUGACAGGGCAGCUGAAUGCCCCGCCAGAUAAGCUGCUCUCAGUCGUUGGGGAUAAGCGGCGGCGGUACAAUGAUCCCAGGAAGCCGGAUUUUGUCGCUGAGCAUAUCCGGCUUGUGGACGACAUGGCGGGGUAUCAGCGACCGCAGCGGGAUGAUUUGUAUUGUGCUGAGUAUCAGCAUGAGGGGAAGACCUGCGAGAAGUGCGAUGUCAAACAGACUGUGCAGAGACCACAGCGCCGGAGUCGGCGUGUGAUAGCCGAUGCUGCUACGCGGGACUUCUACGCCCACAAUCCAGAGCUGAAGGUUCUGUGCUUCGACAUGGAAUCUGCUGUGGUAAUGAAUAACCUCCCUUGUCUUGUCAUUCGUGGCAUUGAGAAUUAUGCGGACUCGCAUAAGAAUGAGCAUUGGCGGAAAUAUGCUGCCUCGACCGCUGCGGCAUAUGUACGCGAGCUCCUUCUUUCUCUGAAAUCGCGGGGUGUAGAUGCUAUACCACCGUGGGUUGGCCGGAUCAAGGAUGAAGUGGUGCAAGGUGAGUCGGAGAAUACAUAA